AUGAAUUUCCUAUCGCUGAAUGUGAGAGGUGUGGGUGAGGUGGGGAAAACUAGCUGGGUAAGAAGGCUGAAAGUAAAACACAAAGCGACUUUCGUUGGGUUACAGGAGACGCAACUGUCGUCCUCUUCAAGUAUAGAUGUUGACGGUUGCUGGGAUUCGAUCGAAUUUGAUUAUGCUAGUGUUGAUGCGAAUGGACGUUCUGGGGGGCUCAUCUCCAUUUGUGACACUUCUGUGUUUCAGAGUUUUCAUGUUAUUAAGAAUCGACACUACUUGGUAGUCUGUGGCAAGUACAAGAAUCCUUCUGCGAGUGUUAUUAUGAAUAUUGUUAACGUAUAUGGUCCUCAGUCAAUAUCAGAGAAAAAGAAGGUCUGGCUUGAGCUGCUUAACAUAAUAAAUGGGAGACCUGGAACGUGGGUGGUAUUUGGUGACUUUAACGCAGUUAGAGACCCAGGUGCAAGAAGUAAUUCGCAAUUUUGUCCUUAUAGUGCUUCUGACUUCAACAGAUUUAUACAUGAGGCUAAUUUAAAAGAUUACAACAUGGGUGGGGAAAGAUUCACAUACAUGAGUAGGGUCGACGCCAAAUUAAGUAAAUUAGACAGAUUCUUGACUUGCCCAAAUUAUCUGCAAUUGUUCCCUUUUAGCUACGUCACAGCCCACCCUCGUGAUCUCUCGGACCACAGUCCUAUUACCCUCUUGUCUGGUGAAUCUGAUUUUGGGCCUAUCCCUUUUAAGUUCUUUAAUUUGUGGCUACUCAAAGAGGGAUUCGAUAAGGUGGUGAGUGAUGCUUGGAAUUGUUUUAGAGGGUUUGGUACCCCUGAUGCUUACUUGGCAGCCAAACUCCGAUUUUUGAAAGACAAAAUUAAGUUGUGGAGGAAAGAUAGCGACCAAAAAGAAAGGGAGGAAGUAACUGUCAUUUGGGAUGCGGUUAAAGACCUGGAAAAGGUCGCACAGUCUAGACCGCUCUCAGUAGAUGAACUGCAAUGUUGGUCUGAUGGGAUAAAGAAGAUAACGGAGUGUGAUCGCCUGAAGGCAUUAGAUCUUAAACAGAAAGCGCGUAUCAAAUGGACCAUGGAUGGAGACGAGAACAGCAAGUUCUUCCAUGGGUACAUCAACAGCAAGAAUCGAACGAGUCUUCUUCAUGGCCUUAUGAUUAAUGGUCGGUGGACGACGGGAGUUAAUGAGAUCAAGGAGGAAGUAUACAGGUUUUUUCAUGACAAAUUCAUGGAUGCCCAUUUGGUUCGUCCCAAGUUUUGUAAUCCAAACUUCAAAUCAAUUUCUAUGAUGGAUGCCAUUAGAAUUGAGUCCCCGUUUACCCCUGAAGAAGUAAAAGCUGCGGUUUGGGACUGUGGAUGUGAAAAAGUACUAGGAUAUCAUUAA